GAAGGCAGGCGGACGGCUGGGAUACAGGAAAAGAGGGGCGCCGCCGAGCUUCUGCGCUCUUUCCCGAGCAGGCGUGCGGCUGCGGCUUCCUUGACCGGCUUCCCCGCGAGGCAGGAUCUUCUGCUGUGAAGACAUUACCUAAGUGCCAGCAGAUCUGACCCACGAAGCCUGGAAAGAGAAGACCAUCAGGUUGUUCAGUGCGGUGCCGUCCAGCUCGACCUCCCCUAGAGGCCCCCGGACCUGAGGCAGAGGUGCGAGUGGGGUGGCCUGGCCCCCCUCCUGCAGACCCAUGGCGCGCCGGCUCCAGUUACAACUGCUGACGUGGGACGUGAAGGACACGCUGCUCAGGCUCCGCCACCCCGUGGGGGAGGAAUAUGCCGCCAAGGCCCGGGCCCACGGGCUGGAGGUGGAGGCCACGGCCCUGGGACAGGCCUUCGGGCGGGCGUACAGGGCUCAGAGCCACAGCUUCCCCAGCUAUGGCCUGAGCCACGGCCUCACCUCCCGCCAGUGGUGGCUGGAUGUGGUCCUGCAGACCUUCCACCAGGCAGGCGUUCGGGAUGCCCAGGCUGUGGCCCCCAUCGCUGACCAGCUGUACGAGGACUUCAGCAGUUCCCGCACCUGGCAGGUGUUGGAGGGAGCUGAGGCCACCCUGAGGGGGUGCCGAAAACGAGGUCUGAGGCUGGCAGUGGUCUCCAACUUUGACCGACGACUGGAGGACAUCCUGGCGGGUGUUGGUCUGCAGGAACACUUCGACUUUGUGCUGACGUCCGAGACUGCCGGCUGGCCCAAGCCCGAUCCCCGCAUUUUCCAUGAGGCCUUGCGCCUUGCUCAGGUGGAACCGGCGGUGGCAGCCCAUAUUGGGGACAGUUACCAAUGUGAUUACAAGGGAGCACGGGCUGUAGGUAUGCACAGCUUCCUGGUGGCUGGCCCCGAGCCUUUGGACCCUGCAGUCAAGGAUUCUGUACCCCAAGAACACAUCCUCCCCUCACUGUCCCAUCUCCUGCCUGCCCUUGACUGCCUGGAGGGCUCACCCCCAGGGCUUUGAGUCUGGCGAGGGAAGCAGUCGGGCCCAACAAACACUGGAGACAGGGAGCCCCUUCCUUCCCUGAGAUCUGGCCUUCACCCCUCCCCCUGCAGCCUCCAUAAUGCAUUCCGACUAUAAAGCAGUGAAUGCGGGGCAUUCAACCCUGCCCCACUAACCA